AGUGUACUUAUUCGACCAAUCGACCUCUUUGAUGGGGUCGAGAGGAAGAAGGAAGCUGCAACUUCAAGAGCGAAUUCGUGAAUAUCAUUAAGAGCUAUGAAUUGCCACUGUUUAUUUCCAGCUUCUCCUCCUCGCCUCUUCCCUCUUCGCUCUAUAUCGAGUGUUUCUCCUUCUGGCAAUGGCAGAAUCGCAGUCUCCGAUGAUGUCGCCGUCGAGUGUCGGAAUCUCUGUUUCUCUGCCAUUACAAGACCGGGGAUCUCUGUCCCUAUUCUCCGGGAUUGUUCCUUUCGGAUUCCUUCUGGACAAUUAUGGAUGCUUCUUGGUCCCAAUGGCUGUGGGAAAUCUACACUUUUGAAGAUUUUAGCCGGUGUAGUGACUCCAACCAGCGGCACUGUCUUUGUGGAAAAGCCGAAAAAUUUUGUAUUUCAGAAUCCCGAUCAUCAGGUAGUGAUGCCUACUGUAGAAGCUGAUGUAGCAUUUGGUCUUGGCAAGUAUCCUGACAUGAGUCAAGAAGAAGUUAAGUCUAGGGUGAUGACAGCCUUGGAUGCAGUUGGUAUGCGUGAUUAUAUGCAGAGACCGAUUCAAACUCUCAGUGGUGGUCAGAAACAAAGAGUCGCCAUUGCUGGUGCUUUAGCCGAAGCUUGCAAAGUUCUAUUGUUGGAUGAGCUCACAACCUUCCUAGACGAAUCUGACCAGUUGGGUGUGAUCAAGGCUGUGAAAGAUCUGAUAAGUGCAAAGAAAGGAGGAGAUGUGACGGCUUUAUGGGUGACACAUCGGUUAGAGGAGCUCGAGUAUGCAGAUGGAGCUGUGUAUAUGGAGAACGGGAGAGUGGUCAGGCAUGGUGAUGCAGCCACCAUCCUGGAUUUCAUUAAGCUCAAACAAGCUUCUUACAUUGAUCAGAUCGGUUUUUAACUUUCUCUGUUCACGGAUUUUGUUUCUUUCUUGAUUCGAAAAUGUUGUAGUAUAUAUAGAGGCCGUGAAAACUGGAGAUUUGAUCAGCUUUUGUAGAAAGAUUUUGAUCAUAUAUAGUUCUCCAGGUGGUAUUUUAGUUAA